GAAUUGUGGAACCAUAAACCUCGAGCUUAAAGCCCUAACCUGGCUAACUCCCUCUCGCCUCUCUCGCUUCUCGCCAGUCACCUGAAACCUCAUACUAUCCUCGCCGGCACGGCUGAUCAUCUUUCGUGUCUGCUUUUCACACCACUGCCGCUGUCCUUCUCUCGAAGACACCGUUGUUGACCUCCCGUUCGCAGCUCACAGCCUUCGUGCAGCAUUUUCUCUCGGUUUCUUCUAUCUCUUGGCAGCCUCUUUAACGUUCCGACUCGGUUAUCUCAGCCCGGUGUUACUUGCAAUAAAAUACUCAUUGAAUCAGAACUUCAGUACUUCCAUAUCAAUAUGCGACCCCUUGACGAGAACGAGACGACUGCUGUGUUUGAGAAGCUCUUCAAGUUCACAGGCAACAACCUCAAGAACAUUGUUGAGAACCCCUCCCAUGAGGGGCCGGACCCAAACCCAGGCCGUUAUUGUUUCAGGCUUCACAAGAGCAAGAUCUACUAUGUUAGUGAGUCACUGGUGAAGCGAGCCACCAACAUAGCUAGACCCAAUCUGGCUUCUAUGGGUACCUGCAUAGGCAAGUUCACUCACGGUGGCAACUUUCAUUUGACUGUUCAAUCCUUGAAUCUUCUGGCUCCUAAUGCCAAGCACAAAGUUUGGCUAAAGCCCACAUCAGAAAUGUCAUUUUUAUAUGGUAAUCAUGUGUUGAAAGGUGGAUUAGGGAGGAUAACCGAGAGCAUUAUGCCUGGGGAUGGGGUUGUGGUGUUCUCAAUGGCAGAUGUGCCUUUAGGGUUUGGGAUUGCAGCUAAGAGCACGCAGGAUUGCAGGAAAUUGGAUCCCAAUGGGAUUGUGGUGCUGCACCAGGCAGAUAUUGGAGAGUAUUUAAGGAUGGAGGAUGAACUUUGAGGAUUUUGGAAGUGUGUUUCUGGUUUUUGGUGAGCGUAUGCACGUUAAUGUAAGUCAGUUUUGUUUCAGAUUGAGUAAUUUUUGGAUAAGUUAUGAGCUUCUUCUGGUUCUUAGAUAUCGUAUUGAAAAGAGUUGGUUCUUAUAAUAUAGUUUUACUAUAGGUGGGGUGGUAAUUAUUGUAAGCUUCUUUUACUUAUUACCUGUGCUAAUUAUAUCGAGCAUAUUCUUGAAUAGAAUUAUUACUGACUGACUCACUUAUGGAGUA